AAGUAUGGCUCAUGUACCCGUAAAGAAAAGAAAAUCAUCACAUGACCAUGAUAUCCACAAAUUCCAAGGAAAAGAGUCCAUUAUCACAUCGCAAAUUGAACUAUAUGUCGAGGAAGCGCAACCAAAAAUUCCCGAUGGAGGUUGGGGUUGGAUGAUAGUGUUUUCAGCAUUUAUAUUGAAUGCUAUAUCGGAAGGGGUUAGUUUUUCUUUUGGAUUGCUUCUUGUACAAUUUUUAAACAAAUUUGGGGCCUCUGAGUCAGCAACAUCUUGGAUUGGAAGUCUUUUUUUGGCAGUGCCCUUAUUGGCAGGGCCUAUUGGCAGUGCCUUGGUAGAUCGAUAUGGAUGCCUAAAAAUGACCGUUUUGGGUAGCUUAGUAUGUACCCUUGGCUUCGUCCUGAGUACGUUUGUGAAUUCAUUAUCAGCCCUCUAUAUAACUUUUGGUAUUAUAGGUGGCAUAGGAAGGGCUCUCACUUUCGUCACAGCAGUAGUUUCUAUUGCAUUUUGGUUUGAAAAGAAAAGAGCGAUAGCUCUAGGUUUAGCAGCUAGCGGUACUGGUGUUGGUACGAUGGUAUUUGCACCCUUAACAAAGCUAUUCAUUGACGAAUUCGGUUGGAGAGGAACAAUGUUAAUGUUAGCAGGAUGUUUUCUUAACAUGUGCGUAUGCGGGGUAAUCAUGAGGGACCCGAAGUGGAUAAUUCAAGAAGAACGUGAAAAGAAAAAAGUUAAAAAAAAUAAAAAGGAAAAGAAAAAUAGAAAAGUAUCUUCUGUACAAAAUGACGAACUUGUUUUGCAAAGAAUUAACACUUCGUUAGAUCUUUCAAAACAAAAUAGAAUUCGGUCGGUAAUAGAUUUACCGACGUUUGUUAAAGAAAAUGAAAAACUACCUGCCGAAGUAAUCAAGAAACUCAGUGAAAAUAAACAAGUAUACCAAAUAAUUCUGGAAAAUUAUCCCAAUUUGUUAAAGAGUAAAAGUGCAUCAAAUCAAGAAAUUCAUUUACUUGAAGACAACUACUCCGGUGCAUCCAGAGUUCCGGUGAAAUUUUCAAUGACUGUUCAAAAAACUGAAGAUACCAUACCUGAGGAAGAUGAAGAAAGCGAAGAAGAAACAAAUAAUCAUCAAAAUCCUCUACUCAAUACAACUAAAGAAACGGAAGAUGAGCCAGAACCUCAUAGCUAUUUAAACAGCAUUUUAAUAAAAAGAAACUUAAGUUUUAUUAAGAAUGGUGAUACAAACACCAACACUGGAAUUAAAGUGAGCAUGUCAAGUCCAGACAUGUAUACUGUAUAUCGAAACACAGUAACUAACAAUAUUCCAAGCAGAAAAACUAAAAAGAAAUGGUAUGUACAAUUUUACAAAUCUGUAAAAGGGCUGCUAAAUUUUUCAUUAUUUUUGGAACUACAUUUCUUUCUACUCUCCGUCUCAACAACCAUAUUGUUCAUAUGGUUUAUAGUGCCAUAUUUUUAUAUUGCAGAAUAUAUGACAAAAAUUGGAUAUAGUGCAUCGCAAGCUUCAUUUGUCUUAGCAGCAAUUGGAUUAACUAAUACGAUAGGCAUGGUUUUUCUUGGAUGGGCAGGAGAACGACUGAACAUAGCAAAAACGUACGCCAUUUGUUUAAUAUUAUGUGGCGCUAGUAUAGCCUGCAUAAUACUUUUCUCUGGAAACUUUGUAAUGCUGGUAAUAGCGUGCGCGCUCUUCGGACUAUUUUUUGCUAGUUGUUUUUCGUUACUGCCAUCUUUGCUUGGAGAAUUAGUACCACUGGAGGAUUUUACAAUGGCUUAUGGUUUAAUUUUACUUUGUAUGGGGGUAGGAAAUCUCGCUGGUCCUCCGCUAGCAGGUUUUCUCUACGAUUUGACAAAGUCUUGGGAUCUAUCAUUUUAUCAAGCAGCUGGUUGGAUUAUAAUAAGUGGCGUACUAAUUGGAAUUAUUCCGUAUAAAAAAAAUAGAAAAAUGAUAUGAUCUGGCCUAAUUCUUAAAGAUAUAAGAUAUUUAUUUUUGUUGUACCUUUAUUAAAAAUAAAAUUCUGUCGAAUAAUUAAGGAUGCUUUUAUUAGAAUCUUUA